AUGAUCAACUCUUAUCUUUGUUUUCAGACCGUAAAUACGGACAAUAUUACAGUUUCGGAAACUCUGCAAAAUGAAACAGAAGGUUCGGUCAUUCGAAAUACUUUCAAACGGAAACAUUCAGAUUCGUUUGAUGACCAUGAAAAUACAAAGAAGCAAAAGCAAAAUGAGAAGUCGGAGGAUGAAAUCAAAGAUGAAAAGGAGUCGUUGCAGUCAGAGAAUUAUGUCGAAAAAAAAGAAGAGAGCGUAAGACCAGCACCUUCAGAAAUAAAGGAAAGUAAUAUCGCCCAUUUAAAAGAUGAUAAUGAUUUCAGACUCGAUAAGGAGAAUGAACUGAAACCUAAUUCAACUUUAACUAAAGGUGAGAGCAAUGAAGAGUCAAAAGAUUUGGACGACUCUAUUUCUGAAAAUGAGGAAAGUCAACAUGAUCAGAGCGAAAUUUCAUGUGAAAAACAGAAGACAGAAGACACAGCCAUCAAUACAGUUUAUGAAGCUGCAUCAGAAAGUGAUACCAAUAGCAAGAAUAGUGAUGAUAGUUCACCUACAGGAAUCGAUAAUGAAAGCAACGGUACACCCUCAGUUCCAGAACCCGAACCAAUAACCAGGGAAGAAGCGAAAAAACAUCCCAAGUUAUACAGAUUACUACGAGAAAAUGAAAACAAGAACAAUGGAUUGCGGGCCAAAUAUCCUUUUUCAAAUAUAAGUGUGGGGCACCACGUUGCUUAUGGAAGCAAGGGGGAAAUUUCAAAGUACAUCUCAACAUGUUCCAGUCCUUAUGCAGCACAUAACUUGCUUGAAGUAAAGAGAAGUAGAGGAAAUAACAGAAACGGAAACAAUAACGACAAGAUCGUAGAAAUUGAUGUCAAUAAACUACCUUUAAAUGUCUCUAUUAUUGAUCUUACAAGCGAAGAACUCAGAGAACCAUACGAAGUACGUGAUGAAGAAACAAACAGAAAAUUUCAUAAAUUUGCUCGAACAUAUAGGGAGGUCUUGCUUGUAGGGAAUAUACCUGCAAACUGUCUUCAAUAUUAUUGAUAUAGUACCAGAAAUGGGUCCCUUAACAGUAAAUAAAUGUGUUAGAUCGAAAGUGAAAAACUGUCGAUAAUAAAUUGGAAUAGUUUAAAUCAUCAACUUACAGGUUUCAUUCCAUAAGGACACAAGCAGGUGUUUAGCGACUUCUUAUCAAAAGCUUAAUGUGAUAUAAAAACUAUUUAUUUCUUCAUCUUUUUCGUUCUUUGUGACUUGCAUUCAACUGUGCGUGUUGUUACAUCAUAAAUAAUAACAUGCCACUAUCAUGUGUGUGUAAAUAAUGUUGUUAUGGCUAAUUUACGGAAUUUUGUAAAUAUUUUUUAGCCGUGGCGGCCAUCUUCUUUAUAAUUCAGCACUCCAUCUACAUACUGAUGAUAACGUGCCGGGCACUGAUUUUACUAUACCGUGCGUGCGUGGGAUCUAACUUUUA